AUGGGGGUGUCAGGCUACUGUGGCCGCCGCCUGGGGGUCUUCGUCCUGCGCGACGUGAACAAGAGUCCGGACAUAGGGGUCGGGGACAUAGCGCAGAGCAGGGCCCGGGCAGUGGAGGAUUUGGUGCGCCAGAGGUACCUCCCCGCCGCCGGCCGCGCCUUGAUGCUGGCGACUGCGGAGUACUGGCGCAGGCCCACAGGCUCGAAGGGCGAGGUGGUCGUGGUGGACCGGUCCCUCUUCUGCGGCGCGCGCGCAGUGGGCGGGCCCUCUGCAUUCUUCGAGACCGGGUUGCUCGAGGCGGAGACCAUCGUGCGCGUGUGCAAGACGUCGGUCACGCCGAGGGUGAACAAGGCUAACGUCAAGCACAUGCCUUCUAACGCCGCCAAACACAUGGUGGAGACGCUGGUGCAGCGGUGCCCGAGCGCCGUGCCGGCGGUGGUGCCCCCUUCCCUGCCGCAGAUGGCGCACGCGGUCCACGCGACGCUGGUGGGCGCCAAGCGGCCGCCGUCGACGAGGAUGUACCAGGUGCGGGAGGCGGCCGACGUGGCGCUGUCCAACGGCAAGCGGAUCCGCGAAGCGAUGGAUGACCACAAGCGGAAGCUGAGCAAGAUAGGCGAGCAGGGCAAGGUCGGCAUUGACCAGGACUCCGUCCGCAUUCGCAACAGGUGCAACUUCGAGUGCAUGCUGAGGCCCGGGAGUAGGCUGCACGGCGAGCACGCCACGCUGGUGGCCGCGGGAGCCCGCCCAGUUUGGCUACACACGGGCAUCGAAUGGAGGCCCUUGGAGCAGACUGCAGUACUUGGGGUGCUGCCUGACCUCUGCAUCAAUAUGCACGAGGUGCGCGCAAGCGCCAGUUUUGCACAAUUCGUGGCCCCGGAGCUGACCCUGGAGCACGGGCGCAUCGCGAGCGACCAGAUGAGGGAGCUCCUGGGCCGGCGCGUGUUAGUGGACACGAGCAACUUCCGGCUCGGAUGUUACGAGAUCAACUCCUACGUGAUCGCCGCGACGUGCUACCUCGUCCCUUCCGAGGUGCAGGCUGAGGCCGACAUCAAGGGCAUCGCUCUACCUGCAGACUGGAGGCGCGCGGUCAGCGGGUUCAGGGCUCCGUGCUUCAUCGGCGAGUUGGACGACGUGCCGGUGGAGCCUGGUUUACUGCGUUCUGUGCUGCGCGACAUCCUGUACGGGGACGUGGGCUCGCCGGUGCCCGUGGAGCUGCGCAAGUCGCUGUUCGACGACGCCUGGACACGGUGGUCGCGGACGAACCCGGUCAUCCAGACGCUAGGUGUGGCUGGGUACCGCCAGGAAUGCGGCGGAUCGUGGUUGGACAUGAUCCAGCACUUCAACACCGUCUCUCCGGCCCCGGCGUCACUGGGCGUGCUGUCAGGACCACUGGGAGAGGAGCUAACCAAGCAGUUGUGCCAGAUGCCCAUCCGGCAGUUCUCGCUGCCAUUAGGUCUGCUGUUCGACGACGUCACAGCGAAGGCGCUUUGGCAUUGGGUGGAGAUAUCGGUUUCCAAUCGCAUCAUGCUCAACCCAGUGAUGGUGUCUAGCCCGGAGCACGUUCCACGGCUCUGGGCACAACACGAGGUCGUUGCUCUGAGCGCUGCGCUGCGG